UCCCCAAAGUUUCUCUUUUAGGUCCACCGGAUACGGCCAGGUUUCUUGUCUCAGGGUGCUAUAUGAUGGACAGGACUGAAGAAUGUGUUCAGACGUUUGGGCAUCUGUACCACAGGGGCAUUCAUCAGUGUGGGCAAGUCUGAGUCUAUAGAGGUGGGAGAGCAGGCGACAGUGGGCAGUCCUCAUUCUAAAGAUGAUUACUUGCUGUAUUCUGUCCAGUGACUCAAGGCAUUUUUGUUGAUGAGGAGAUCAUGAACAUAAGAUGUAAUGGUCAGCUGAAGUAUUCCGGUUCAUGGACUGGGUCAACGAGGUGGAAGAGCGGUGCAUUUGUUGUGACCGAAAGCAAUGGGGAGUGGUUGUGUGAGCUCUUUAUCAACUGCAACUCAGCUGCGCCUGUUCGCACUUACAAGCUUUUACCCAGAACAAUUGAUCGCAUCGUUUCCAAGGGUCGAUUGGUCCUGUCUAUGAAAAACUGUGAUAUUGUGUACUUUAAACCAGCAGGGCCUUCUGAUGAAGCAAAGCUGGAGGAGGCUGUGCAAAUUAUUAAUGGAAUAAUCCGAGCUAAAGCAGGUCCAUUAGGAGGUGGGCCAGAUGUGUCUGUAGAAAAUGAAACAACACCAAAGAAACCAAGUCUUUCAGAGUCACCAAAACAAUUCACAAGUAUGAAGGAAAACCACAGGAUAUCCCAGAAGUCGUGUCCGGUGGAGCCGCAGCUGUUUAUUGAUGAGUUUGAGGAGGAUUCAAAGGAAAAUACUUUUCGGGGACCAGGAAAGAAGCAAGAGGAACAGUUCUUUCAGAGAGGUCAAGCUUUGAAGUCAAUAGUAACAGGCGAUUUUUACAACAGCACGCCUGUAGGUCAGAGGUCAUAUGGACACUUCGCCACCUCAGGAUCAGGUGUAAAGCGUCCAGGAUUGAUGCCAUUCAACCCACAGGAUCAAGCAAAGCGACCACGUCUUCUGUCAGACAAAGUUUCAUUUUCCUGGCAGAACCGUUCGAUUAACAACCAAAGCAAGCAGACUUCAACUCUGCAAGGGUUUUCCAAUCUUGGCAACACGUGUUACAUGAAUGCAAUACUCCAGUCUCUGCUCGGCUUGGACCCGUUCAGCAAUGAUGUGCUCUACACGAACAGAAAAAUACACAGACUGCUCUCACCGACCUCACUGUAUGGUGCUUUAGCCCGUCUGAUGAACUCACGCUGCAAGUUAACAGGAAAUGACCUCACACGACGAGACAUGUUGCGGAACAUCAAAAGUGCAAUAUCUUCAACAGCACGUCGGUUCUCGGGCUAUCAGCAACAUGAUGCCCAUGAGUUUCUUGGUCAGGUUUUAGACCAGCUAAAGGAGGAGGUUACUAAGAUUACAAAGGCCACUCCCAGUCCUAACAAAGACACGAAGGAAACGGAGCCCAAAGUGUUUGUAAACCCGACGCAGGACAACUUCGAGUUCGAAGUGUUGCACACGAUAACUUGCUUCAAUCGUUGCCAUGAAGAAGUUGCAAAGGCCGAGAGAUUCAAUGAUCUCUCAGUGGAUUUACCCCAGAGCAGCCGGAGGUCUAUUCAAGAUGCUCUAGAUGUUUUUUUCAAGAAGGAAGAGUUAGAGUACACAUGUGGAAAAUGUGGACACUCAAAAUCAGAGGUCACACACAAAUUCACACGAUUACCAAGAAUCCUGAUACUUCAUGUAAAGCGGUACACGUAUGACACACAGAUAGCUCGGCGCAACAAGACUGGACAGAAUAUGUCCAUCUGUCGCUUCCUUACACUUGUGUCUCACUGUGAUGAAUCUACGCAGCCCCCGCCUGCUAUGCCGUUCAAUCACUUACAGCAUUUGAGUCCAGUGAAGUCUUUGUCAGCUGACCAUGUGAUUGACUCAGGAUUGCGUCGACGUCUUGACUAUAACUCAGGGUAUAAAUUCAAGCGGAUCCGAACACUAUCAGACAAAGAUUCAACGAAACAUGAUGACAAUAAAGAUGUGAUAAAACAAGAGAGCUUCACGGAUAAAGAAACCAACAACAUUUCUGAGACUGACGACAAAUGCAAAUCGGUUGAUAACUCGGAAGAUCACAAUCCAAAACUAGCAGAGGCAAUUGAACUGAGCCUUCUCCAAGCCCAGGAGAAAGAAAAGGAGUAUGGGGAGUUCGAUCAAGAUGCAGCUGAUGAUGAAUUGCAGAAAGUUUUGGAGCUUAGUAGACUUGAAAGUGAAAAAAUUACUUCAGUUGGACAUUUGGAAGAAAAAGAUCUUCAGAAGCUGACCGAACAGGAGCAGUUGGAUCUCGCCUUAUGGAACAGUUUGAUGGAGGACUCGUCCACACCCAUAGAUAACUCUGUCUGCUGCGACGGCUCAUUUACAGAGUCACGAACAGAUCAGUUAGAACAGGGAGACAAAGAACUCAAUGGAGAAAAAAUAUGCCAUCGAGAUGCAUCUAGAAAACCUGUUAGUGAUCUGAUUGUUAUAUCAGAUUCAGAUCUAGAGGGUGUAAAGGUCAAACAAUCCCAAACAGAUCAUUCAGAAAAGGGAGAAGCUGAAGAACAAAAUGGAACAAAAGUAUCCCGUCUAGAUACAUCUAGAACACCUUGUAGUGAUCUGAUUGUGAUAUCAGAUUCGGAAUUUUCAGAUUUAGAGAGUGUAAACGUCAAAAAAGUCAGCCGGGUGUCAGAAUUGAGGAAUAGUUCAAAUAAUUGCAGAAAAACUUCUCUGAACAAUCUUGAUGAUGAUCUAACAAUGGAUGAUAAAUGUAGAAAAAUGUCUUCAGAAACAUUUGUGGAAGAGAAGAAUGGUUGUAGCACUUGUGAUGUGAACAAUUCAGUGGACAAGGAUUCGGACUUGCCGACGCUAUGCAACGACUCAUCUGUUGAUCUGCGGUGUUUUGAAGAAAAGGAAAACAUCCUGCCCUCAGUGGAGGAAACCAGUGAGUGUGAUGAGUUUGAUGUCUUCGGCAACUCAUCUCUUGAGGCAGCAGACGACAAAUCGAAAGAGGAGGAAUCCAAUGAAGAUGGUUCCAUGCCAGUGUCUUAUCGACUUGUCAGCGUUGUGAAUCAUAUAGGAAACAGUUCCUUUGCAGGUCACUAUAUUAGUGAUGUUUAUGACAUGAAGAAGCAGAACUGGUUCAGUUACGAUGAUGCGCGUGUUUCCCGAGUUGACGAGGCCGAUAUCCGAAUCAAACGCCAGAGAACGGGAUACAUCUUCUUCUACAUGUUGAAUGAUUUGUUUGAGGAACAAUUGAGUAUUAAUGCAGCACAGUCCUUGAUCUCCAAACGAGCAAGUUGAGUCAAUAUCAAGUUGACGCUUCUUCUAAAGGAAAAACAUGUACAGUGAAUCUUUAAUUCUGAACAUUUUAGGAAAGACUUAAAGGUGGGAUAAACAAGCAACGAUUUGUCUUCAGGCAAAAUAUGUGUAUCAUGCACCUUUAAUUAUGGAUUUAUGAAUGAAAAAACCUAAAAGGUGACAUUCUGGACUUUUUCAUUUCCAAGCAAGGACAUUGAAUAAUACUAAAGAUGACAUUCUUUUUUCAGUAAUAGGGGCGGUACAUAGCCCAAUGCUAAAAUGCUCGCUUGAUGCGCGGUCGGUUCGUGAUUGAUCCCCAUCAAUGGGCCCAUUGGUAUGUACUGUCCUGUCUGUGGGAUGAUGCAUACAAAAGAUCCCUUGCUACUAAUGGAAAAAUGUAGCUGGUUUUCUCUGUCAAAAUGGGGGGGGGGGGGGGGGGGGGUGGAAUGGUAAAAGUGUCUUUUUGGACUUUUAUUAACAGAGCAAGGAAGUUGAAAAUAAUGUGGAUGCUUCCGGGAAUAUAUGUACGGUGAAUUGUUAAUUCUGAACUUUGUAGGAAGUCCUAAAAGGUUUUAGGAAGACGUUUUACCAGCAAGGAAGUCAAUGAAAAUAAAAUUCAGGCUGUCCAACGAUCUUACUUUUUCCUACUUUUUGGUUUUUGUCCUAUUUUUCCUACCUUUUUGUUUCAAAAUGCUGCGAAUUUGCUGUUAAAGUGUGCAUAUUCCUUGUGUUACUAUAAAAGUCAACAGUUAUGAGAAUUUUAGUUGUUUUAGCAGCAAGAUAUAUCUCCGAAUUUGUGGAACCAUAUAAUCUCAACAUAUUAAAAUUACACCCUGAAAGCCAACGAUUUUUCCAAUGAUUAACAUGAUUAUAAUGUAUAAUGUGUAUGUAUCACUUCAGAAUCUUUAAUACAUUAUGGAAAACCUAAAUUAAUCAUGUUAAUCUGAUUUACUGUGCAUAAGCAUUCCUAUGUAUGUAAAUAUGUAUAUUGAUUAAUAUAGUGUCAGGGUUUCUGUCAGAGGGUAAAAUGGGUAUGGCGCCAUACCCAAAUUUUUAUUUUUUUAAGUUUUUUAACAUUUUGACAAAAUUAAUGACUCUU